AUGAGUAGAAGCACAGAAACCGCAAAAAGUGUCGUUAUUGGAUCAGGAUUAACAGCUUUGGCAGGUGCCACUACAGGUGCUACCGUUGCUGUUCUCAAGAAUGCGCCCGUAAAGCAAUGGACAGUAUCUACAGGCUUGAAUUGCGGUGUAUUCGGUGCCACAUUCUUCUUGGUCCGAGAAACAUUUAUCACAUAUCAAAGACAGAAAAACUCACAAUUUGGAUUAAAAGACUCGCAGACCAGAGAUUUUGAUGAUCUAUUUAGCAGUGCAAUGGCAGGAGCAACUACUGGAGGCUUACUAUCAGCUGCUUAUAGAGGGCCAAAGAGCGUAGUGUCAGGAGCAGUAAUGUUUGGUGCUCUUUGUACAGGCAUCCAAGCAGUUUUCACAGCAGGCAAUAAUUGGAGACAAGAGUCCAUUCUAAAAAGUGGCAAACUGGAUGGACCCACUUUCCAGCUCACAAUGAAACAGAACAACAUGGAGGAGGAAAAGAAGAAGGAGGGAUUCAGUCUGCUCAAGUACAUUAACCUGCCCUCGUGGUUUCCUAUUCAUCAGCUAUCAGAGGACGAAUACAACGAAUUAUUAGAUACCAAAUUACAGACAUUAGAAGCCGAAUUAGCCGAAUUAGAAAAGAAAUUGAAUGAAAAGAAAUAA